AUGAGCAAAACGCCCGAGCCGCAGAUCUCUGGACUGAUUUCGCUUCCCGAGCCGCAGACAUCCGUUCCGUCAAAAAACUUCGUUAAUAUUAAUGCGGACUGCUCGUUAAACUCGUCUUUUGCCUCAGUUAAUUUACUCUUUCGAUCGUCAGCCAAAACGGCAACAAUCAUACCCGGAGACCUUCGCGAAUGGAAGACACGUCGCAUCGAAAGGGAUCUGAUAUGCGAAGAAGAGGAUACUCGCGAUAAUUUUCGAUUUAAUGAUCGCGUUGUGGACAUUGAAUCCAUUCUUGGCAUGCCCGAAAAAGAGGUUUACAAGCCUGUCGAUUAUUGGGCGGAAAUAUCCAGCGAUGUGAAUGUCAAUAGUGAUUUAAAUUUAAAUGCACGGAUGAUUGAAAUGAUUGGAGGCAAGAGACGUAAUAUCGAAGAAGCUAAGGAAAGACCUAGGGUGCUGGGAACGAUUGCGACAUUCCUCUACUGGAAAUUACAAUUUAACACAAAGUUUACAAGAACCGUCAAGACUGCGAAGCAGGUAAACACCCUCUUCGCCACCACCAAACCAUCAGUUUGUCUGAUAGACGAGCAAAAGGCGGCUCGGAAAGAGGCCAAGAAAGAGCAGUUAGCUGCUUUGAGAAGAAUGAGGCUCGUGUCAUGGCUGGAGGUGAAAUUGGUACCGCACGUUGUAACAUUGGAUCUAACGAAUCCUAGUAAACCAUACAAGUGGCAACCGAGUCCUUUGCA